AUGCGCCCUGCCGGGCUCAGCGCGGUCUCUCUGGGCUCUCUGGGGCUGCUGCGGCUGCUCGGGGCCCCGUAUUACCGCAUCGCUGCCUUUGGUUAUUUCGCUUUCCGGAUGCGCCCCGAUGACGUCAUCUACACCUGCCUGCCGCUCUACCACUCGGCAGGGAACAUCAUGGGUGUGGGGCAGUGUCUCCUGCACGGCCUCACCGUCGUCAUCCGCCCCAAGUUCUCGGCCUCUCGCUUUUGGGACGAUUGUGUCAAACAUCGCUGCACGUUUCCCAUGGAUUUUGGGAUGGUUCCAGGUGAGCCAGGUUUGCUCGUUGGCCGCAUUGACCAGCGGGAUCCCCUGCGCCGAUUCGACGGCUACGUCAGCGCCGGCGCCACGCGCAGCAAAAUCGCCCGCGACGUCCUGGCCAGGGGGGACCAGGCCUACCUGUCAGGUGAUGUCCUGGUGAUGGACGAUCUGGGCUAUUUGUAUUUCCGGGAGCGGGGCGGGGACUCGUUCCGCUGGCGCGGGGAAAACGUUUCCUGCAGCGAGGUCGAGGCCGCCCUGAGCCGCCUCCUGGGCCAGGCCGACGUCGUCGUUUACGGCGUGGAAAUUCCCGGUGUGGAGGGCCGGGCAGGCAUGGCGGCCAUCGCUGACCCCCACUCCCAGCUGGAGCCCUCGGGGCUGUACCAGGCCCUGGUCCCGGUGCUGCCGCCCUACGCCCGGCCCGUCUUCAUCCGCCUGCUGCCACAGCUCGACACCACCGGGACGUUCAAGCUGCAGAAGACGCGGCUGCGGGGGCAGGGCUGGGACCCCCGCGUGGUCCCCGAUCGCCUCUUCGUGCUGGACCCCCAGCGAGGGCGCUACGUGCCCCUGGACGGGGACAGGUGUGCUCAGAUCUGCGCUGGGAAAAGCCGGUUCUGAGCCUGGAAAACGGCCUGGGAUACCAAAAAUCCUGCUGAGAAACCUCCCUGGGAUCCCAAAAAUGUGAAAAUCCCUCGGACUGGGAGAUGUGUGCCAGGAUCUGCGCUGGGAAAAUCAGGUUCUGAGCCUGGAAAACGGCCUGGGAUACCAAAAAUCCUGCUG